UCAGUCAACCAUUUGGAAGCGUACUGAAUGAUUCAAUUUUUCUGUAGCUCUCUGAAAUUCAUAUAUUUUUUCUAAAAAUUAAAUACAAUAUUUUUCUAAAUAUUAAUAAAUAAAACACAAUGAUCGAACCCGACUCUCCAUCAUCAUCCGGAAAUGGAACGCAUUCGCUAUUGUCGGCAUCAGGGCAAAUUAAUCAACAGCUGGGGGAUAACGAUGCACAGGACUCAGAGCCAAAGUUGGUCCUUAUAGAGGAACACCCAACGUUGCCACUAUAUGAUUUGAAUUUUGACAAAUAUCCGUUUAGCAAGCCGUGUCCCUAUGCCAGUGAUGCGCAGGCCUUGGAGGAGCUAAACGCCUGCGAUUACACAGAGCGCAUCACACACGAGAUGGCUCGUUCGGGACAAUCGAAGCGUCGCGUGCGCGUCUAUGCGGAUGGUAUCUAUGAUCUGUUCCAUCAGGGCCAUGCCCGCCAGCUGAUGCAGGCGAAGAAUCUCUUUCCGAAUGUCUAUCUGAUUGUGGGUGUCUGCAGCAACGAGCUGACGCUCAAAAUGAAGGGUCGCACCGUGAUGAAUGGCUUUGAGCGCUACGAGGCAGUGCGCCAUUGUCGCUACGUGGACGAGAUUGUUGCCAAUGCCCCCUGGACACUCACUGAUGAGUUCCUGAAUGAACAUAAAAUUGAUUUUGUGGCCCACGAUGAUAUACCCUAUGGUGGUUCUGGGGGGGUGGGCGACAUCUAUGCCCAUCUGAAGGAACGCGGCAUGUUUGUGGCCACCGAACGUACGCCGGGUGUGUCCACCUCGGACAUUGUGGCACGCAUCGUCAAGGACUACGAUAUGUUUGUGCGCCGAAAUCUGGCACGCGGCUACACCGCCAAGGAGCUGAAUGUCUCUUUUCUCUCCGAGAAGAAGUUCCGUUUUCAGAACAAAAUGGACGAGCUGAAGACUCGCGGCAAGAGGGUGAAGAUCGAUUUGUUGACCAGAUGGGAGGCCAAGUCGCGCGAUCUGCUCAAUGCCUUUCUGCAGGCCUUUGGCCGUGAGCGUCUGUUCUCGAUCUGGCGCGAGUCAAAGGGCAAGAUAAUGAGUGCCUGGGGCUCGUCUGCGUCCUUGGAAGCGGGCAGCGACAUGGAUUCCGAUCAGGACGAGUAUGAGGACAUGCAACCUGUGGCACAGAGCGACAGUGCGCUGGAGACGGUGCAUGGUCAUGCCUCUGCUGCUGCUGCUGCUGCUGCGGAAAGUGCCAACAAUUUGAGCCGUUCCAGCAGCUCCCCCGAGGUGGGCUCUGCACAUUGUUAAGAUGCAAACCUUGAAAAUGUUUUUUGUUCUUGUUUUUGUUUUUUUUAACUGUUAACUGUUGAGUUAUUCUUUGGAUGAAACACACACAAACAGACGACACAGGGAGAUAUAAAAGCGUUAUGCAGGGGUCGCAUUAAAUGAAA